AUGAAGAAAUGCUGUGUUUGCAAGAAAAGUGGUGCUUCAAUUGGAUGUGUUGCACCUCGAUGUAAACGAAGUUAUCAUUUCCCGUGUGGACUUCAGAGAGAAUGUAUUUUCCAGUUCACUGGAAAUUUUGCGUCAUUUUGUUGGAACCAUCGACCUGUUCAAAUAAUUACACCUAAUAAUUAUAGGGAAUCCGUACCAUGCACCAUUUGCUUGGAGUUUAUUGAGCCUAUUCCAACUUAUAGCAUAUUACGAAGUCCUUGUUGUAAAAAUGCUUGGUUUCAUAGAGACUGUUUACAGGUUCAAGCAAUAAAUGCAGGAGUGUUUUUCUUUAGGUGCACAGUAUGCAAUAAUAGUGACAUAUUUCAGAAAGAGAUGUUGAGAAUGGGAAUUCAUAUUCCUGAAAAAGAUGCAUCUUGGGAAUUAGAAGAAAAUGUUUAUCAAGAGCUUCUGCAGCACUAUGAGCAUUGUGAUGUACGAAGAUGUCGUUGCAAGGAAGGGCGAGGCUAUAAUGUGCCUAGUAGCAAAUGGGAAAUAAAGCGUUGUCAAUCUUGUGGUUCUAGUGGAACACAUUUAGCCUGUUCCUCACUACGAUCGUGGGAACAAAAUUGAGAGUGUUUGGACUGUAGAGGUAUUACCUACAACUCAGGGGGUUUCCAAAAAGCCAAAAAACAUACAUUACCCAACACUAACAAUGUUGGAAUAAAUGAUUGCUUGUUGGAAGAAUCAUCACCUAAAUUACCCAAACAGUCACCUGGAGCCCAGCAAAAAGAUCUGCUGAGGCAAGGCAACAAAUUUAGGAGAGACAUUUCAACAAUAAUUAUAGAGCUAGGAUUUCAAAUUAUUAAAAAAACAAAAAGAUUAUAUAUCAACAAAGCCGAUAUCUGGAAUAGUGCCUUAAAUGGAUUGAGAAAUCAAAAGUUUAAUCCUUCAUACACAAUUGAAGUUGCAUAUGUUAAUGAAAAUGAUAAUUUUGGAACAGAGCAUCCUGGAUCAAAGCAAGAAUUCCUAAGUCUUUUAAUGCAACAUCUUGAGAACUCACCAUUGUUUGAAGGGUCCUUGUCAAAGAACUUGUCCCUAAAUUCUCAAGCUCUGAAAGAGAAUCAUUACUAUGAAGCUGGCAAAAUGCUUGCCAUUUCUUUGGCUCAUGGUGGUCCUUCACCUGGUUUUUUUUCUAAAACUUUGUUUAACUGCCUUGUUUUUGGACCAGAAAAUACCUUUCCAACUUUAGAUGAUGUUUCAGACUUUGAUGUGGCACAGAUUUUAAUCAGGAUAAAUAGUGCAACAAAUGUAGCUGACUUAAACUCAAUUAUGAAUGAAUGCUAUAACUACCUAGAGCUUAUUGGAUGUCUAAGAAUUAUAACAUCAUUAAGUGACAAAUAUUUAUUGGCAAAAGACAUACUUGCUUACCAUGUAAUUAAAAGAGUCCAAGCACCUUUUGAAAGUUUUAAGCAGGGUCUGAAAACUCUUGGAGUUUUGGAGAAAAUUCAGACUUAUCCAGAAGCAUUUUAUAGCAUCUUCUGUCAUAAACCUGAGAAUCUUUCUGCAAAAAUGCUUAGAGAUCUUUUUACAGUACACACAUGUGACGCACAGUCUUUGGGAUUUUGGAACAGUUACUUACAGGCUGUUGAGGAUGGUAAAUCUGCAACAACAUUGGAAGACAUUCUUAUUUUUGCAACUGGUUGCAAUUCCAUUCCACCUGCUGGAUUUAAACCCACUCCUUCAGUUGAGUGCCUUCAUAUGGAUUUUCCUGUUGGAAACAAGUGUAAUAACUGUUUAGCUCUUCCAAUUACCAAUACAUAUAAAGAAUUUCAAGAAAAAAUGGACUUUUCCAUAAGAAACACUUUAAGACUAGAAAAAGAAGAAAGCUCUCACUACAUUGGACAUUAAGAUGUUUUGAACAAAGAGAUGCUUCUUUAAAGCUGCUAUUGAUAUUUUUGUUUCAGAAAUCUGUCCAUUAUCACUUUUGAACAAACUUGUCAGCUUCUUGGUCCAAUAAAAUGUAUGAUGUAAAUAUUAAGGAAUGUUUUGGCCAUUUAAACUAAAAAAAUUUUGUUAAGGUAUACCAUUUAAAGUUGAUGAUGUUUUUCUAUUUUGUUAGUAUACAUGCUUUAUAAUGUUCAAUAAAAAUUUUUUUAGAAUGGCUGUUAGACUUUCUUCAAGCAUAGUAGCAUGGUAUAUAUAAGAAAAAAACUUUUACUCACUAUUUUUGUAAAUUUGGAUUAGCUAUAGGAUGCCACAUUUCAAAUUAUUUUUUAUUUUAAAGCAUUAAAUGGAAAAGCUAAUUGAUAAAUUCUGUUAUAUAAAUCAAAGGCACAUAUUCUGGGGUAUGUGUUACAUAUAUCCUUUUCUAGGAUGGCACUAAAUUGGUUGUUAAAAAUGUUAUUUUUAGAUUACUGAUUAUAUUAAAAUAGACCCACACUGCAAUUAGAUUAUGCCUAAGGAAGUACAUAUUACAGAAAAAGCGGAAUUGCACAAAUAUUCUAUAAUCUAUGGACAUUCCAUAGUCUUAAAAAUACUCCUGAGGUGGAUAAAAAUAUAUUAAAAAGUGUAUUCUUUAAAGCCUUGGCUUUAAUCAUAGGAGUUUUUCCCCAUGUUAGAUCCAUACUCAUUUCAGGUAUCUGAAUGAUAUCUGUGGGUUGUCAUAUGGUGGUUUGGCUAUUUGACAGGUAUUUAUUUUUAAGAUGAUAGUAUGAUAGGUAAGCUCGCACCACUGCUUUACUGCUAUUUUUUUUUGCUCUUGAAAGGUAUCUGUUAUUUUAUAGGUAAUGUAGAAAUAUGUAAGAAAGAAAUACAAAUAGAAUGGAAAACCCACUCUAAUCUCACCAUGCAGAAUUAACUGAUGUGUUUCCGCCUUUCCUUCUACAAACUCUUUUGUUCCAUUUACUAAAAGUAACAAGAAACUAUGUAAGAACAAUUUGAAGUUUAUGUCCCCAUCCAUAGUCAUGUCACCAUAAUUAUAUACACUUUCACAAAAGAAGAAAUUGGAAAAGUCUAAUUUUUAUACUGUUAUCAAAUAUAAAUGGGUUUUCCACCAAAGUAAAUCAUAUGAGAGGUAAAUUGCUUAGUUGCAAACACAUUUUUCUUCUUUUUCUUUUUUUAAAAUAUUGAUUUCAGGGAGGAAUGGAGAGGAAGAGAGAGAGAUAGAAACAUCAAUGAUGAGAAUCAUUGAUCAGCUGCCUCCUGCACGCCCCCUACUGGGGAUUGAGCCGGCAACCCGGGCAUGUUCCCCUGACCAGAAUCGAACCCAGGACCCUUCAGUCCGCAGAGUGAUGCUCUAUCUGCUGAGCCAAACCGCCUAGGGCCACAUUUGUCCUGAUACACAAAAUAGGUGUCAGCUAUCAUCAUAAUUCUCAUUUUCCCUGAGAAACAUCCCUAAGUUAUUGAUUUUUGUUGUUAAUCCUCACCUGAGGAUAUUUUUUACAUUGAUUUUUUAGAGAGAGUGGGAGGGAGGGAGAAGGGGAAAGAGAGAAAAAGAAACAUUGAUUGAAAGAGACAUUGAUUGGUUGCUACCUGCACAUGCCUCAGCCAGCCAGGGAUUGAAGCUGAGACCCUUCCAUGCUUGGGCCAGUGCUCUAACCAUUGAGCAUGCCAGCCAGGGCAGUUAUUGAUAUUUUUAAAGAAAAAUAAAGGGAUUGAUUUGAUAUUGGUAAUAUAUCUCUUAAUACCAAAAGAAAAGUAAAGCAUAGUCCUAGUGUACUUUUCUUUGUUAUACUUACUAACAGACCCAGCAAAGUAAAGUUUCACUUUCAUUUAAAAUGUUUAAGAACAUUAAGGUAUUUCUUUGUCUUUUGUUAAAUUUUUAAUUAUUGAAAGUAAUUAAAAGGACCUAUUAUUAAAAAAGGGUUUGAAUAUCUAAUAUAAACCUCAAACUUGCCAUAUAGCUUUUAUUUAAAAUGUUUUGAUAGAUUGGCUACUUCAUUCUUUAAUCUACCAAGUUUUAUGAACUUUAAAAAGCCUCUAAA